AAGGAAAAAAAAAACAGUUAGUGGUGUUGCGUUGAUUUGUAGAGCAAAGUUGUGGUCGCACGUGGUGUACGUAGUUACUGUCGUGAUUGUGAAUUUGGGAGAGAGAGAGAGAGAGAGGGAGGGAGCAUGGUCGAUCUCUUUGGGUGGCUCAUCUCCUUCUUCCUCCUCAUCGCGUUACUUGUUCUCGUCACAUACCAGUUAAUGUGCCUUGCAGAACUAGAAUUUGAUUAUCUAAAUCCAUAUGAUUUCUCAAAACGAAUAAAUUCGGUGAUGUUACCUGAAUUUUAUACUCAAGCUAUUCUUACCGUCUUCUAUCUCAUUACUGGCCAUUGGAUCAUGUCUUUCUUCUGUCUUCCUUAUCUAUACUUCAAUUUCAGAUUGUACAGACAAAAAAAGCAUUUAAUCGAUGUUACUGAGAUAUUCAACAUGCUCGCAUGGGAAAAGAAGCAACGGCUCGUCAAACUUUUCUAUCUUGUUUCAACCCUUUUCUUCUCUGUAUUUUGGAUGAUUUAUACAACAUUGGAGGAUCACAAUGAGUAAUUGCAGUUGGUUACUUGUUUUGUGGAGUGCUUUCUAAAAUUGACCACUGCAGUAAAUUUCCAGAAUUUUGUGGUAGAGAGCAGUUCAUUACUUCGCGUAUGUGACAUGACUGACUGUAUUUUUGGGGUGAGUUGCAACUGCAAGCUUGUUUUGAUAGUUGGACAGUAAGAUAUCUUUAUAUACGGCAAGCAUUUUAUGCUUAUCUAACUUAUGACUUCGUGUAUAUGGGUGAAGGCAUCAAAGGGAGGUGCUGGUGGCUGAUGAGGGAGUUUGGUUAUUUGCAUAGUGUUAUUGGGCGAUAUGUGCCUAUGGACCAAAAAGAUAAUGUAUUCAAUAUUCAUAUUGAAUUUGUUUACAAAAUUUUGUAGUUUUUACUUUUUCAGCAAAUCUAUGGUUUAUUUAUUCCUACGAAAA